GAGAGAAGGGAUGUAGAGAGAAAAAGCAGACAGGCUGCUGAAAAUGGAGAGCACACGGAGAAAGGUGAUCAGAGAUUAUUCAAGAACCCCGAGAGCAUGUAAAAAUAGGAAGACCACAACAGUUACACUAAACUCAAAAUAAGGAAUAUCUCCACCGCCUAGACCCUUUAGAAGAAGAAUCCAGCCUGCGACAACGACAUUUAGCUGCUUGAUUUCAGCACAAGAUCAAGUCAGUAAAAGAGAGAAAAGGUGAGUAGCAAAGUGACUUCCGCUUUUACAAUGGGAACUGUACAGUGUGGACACUUUGUAGCACACACUCGUGCACCUCCUGUUUAUUCAUUGUUGGGCAAUUAUGUAACAUAAUUUCGACCUAAGCAACGUGUCCUCACUGCACACAGAAUUUGUGUACAGUCUGAAUUGAUACUCUGUAGCGCUGCGACACGAUUCAUUCGGUUACAUUUGUUAUUUACUAGCUAACUGCAGCUAGCUUGAUUUGCAUAAUGAUCUCUUUCUGCUUGCUUUUUCUGAUAGUCUUCAUUCGAGACUAACGUGGCUACUUUUUAGGUCUGUGGUAGUGAAAAUCACAUGGGACCACACUAGCAGACAGACACAUGACGAAGCAAGCAAUACAUUUCCCACACAGAAUCAGGCGUGGAUCUAGCUAACAAGCUUAGGGACACACAUAGGAAAUCGUCAAUGCUAGUCCGUAUGCAUAGCUAUAUCUAGCUUAAAGUAAAAUUAACCCCAUUCGUGUGUCCAGCCAGUGCUCGUCAUGCAGGUCGACCACAAAUCCUUGUUUGUGUUCUGAUCGAGGAGGGAAAGAGCAGGGAGGGGGGGGCUAACUAGACCUGUAGCCAACUCCAGCAAGGCCAGCAAGCAUGACCACAGCAACCUGCUUACUUUAGCAUUUUCAGUACAGUAAAUUCAGUCAGUGAGGAGAGCAGUGGUGGCACAGCACAAGUCAUGCUCCAUAACAGCUCUCAGACAAAAAGGAAGAGGCUGCAGUUAGACUGAUGUCUGCUGCUCUGCUCUUUGUACUGAUUUUGAUUUUCUUUGUAAUGGAAAUCAGUAAUAAUUGCUCUGACUUUGCCUGCUUUAGUAAAUACAUACUCUGUCCCUCCUCACACCCAGCAUCUCUCUCAUAUCUAGCCUGACCGUCUAUGCCUCUGGUGACAGCCUGGUACCAGCCCUUUUUUGAUUGAUUUAUUUCACCUUUAUUUAACCAGGUAAGCCAGCUGGAUAAGAGCGUCUGCUAAAUGACUAAAAUGUAAAUGUAAAAUGAGAACAAGUUCUCAUUUACAACUACGACCUGGCCAAGGUAAAGCAAAGCAGUGCGAUUAAAAACAACAACAACACAGAGUUACAUAUGGAACAAUCAAAACGUACAGUCAAUAACACAAUAGAAAAUCUAUAUACAGUGUGUGCAAAUGUAGUAAGUUAUGGAGGUAAGGCAAUAAAUAGGCCAUAGUGCAAAAUAAUUACAAUUUAGUAUUAACACUGGAGUGAUAGAUGUGCAGAAGAAGAUGUGCAAAUAGAGAUACUGGGGUGCAAAUGAGCAAAAUAAAUAACAAUGUAAAUAACAAUAUGGGGAUGAGGUAGUUGGGCGGGCUAAUUACAGAUGGGCUGUGUACAGAUGCAGUGAUCGGUAAGCUGCUCUGACAACUGAUGCUUAAAGUUAGUGAGGGAGAUAAGAGUCUCUAGCUUCAGAGAUUUUUGCAGUUAGUUCCAGUCAUUUGCAGCAGAGAACUGGAAGGAAUGGCGGCCAAAGGAGGUGUUGGCUUUGGGGAUGACCAGUGAGAUGUACCUGCUGGAGCACAUACUACGGGUGGAUGUUGCUAUGGUGACCAAAUACAAUUUUAUUGGCCACAUGCACCAAAUACAACAGGUGCAGACAUUACAGUGAAAUGCUUACUUACAGCCCUUAACCAACAGUGCAUUUAUUUUUAAUAAAAAAGUUAAAUAAUUAACAGAGUAGCAGCAGCGUAAAAAGAUGGGGUGGGGGGGCAGUGCAAAUAGUCUGGGUAGCCAUGAUUAGCUGUUCAGGAGUCUUAUGGCUUGGGGGUAGAAGCUGUUGAGAAGUCUUUUGGACCUAGACUUGGCACUCCGGUACCGCUUUUCGUGCGGUAGCAGAGAGAACAGUCUAUGACUAGGGUGGCUGGAGAUAAUGAUCUAAGAUAAGGCGGGGAUUUGCCUAGAAGUGAUUUAUAAAUGACCUGGAGCCAGUGGGUUUGGCGACGAAUAUGUAGUGAGGGCCAGCCAACGAGAGCGUACAGGUCACAAUGGUGGGUAGUAUAUGGGGCUUUGGUGUCAAAACGGAUGGCACUGUGAUAUAAUACAUCCAAUUUGCUGAGUAGAGUGUUGGAAGCUAUUUUGUAAAUGACAUCGCCGAAGUCAAGGAUCGGUAGGAUAGUCAGUUUUUCGAGGGCAUGUUUAGCAGCAUGAGUGAAGGAGGCUUUGUUGCGAAAUAGGAAGCCGAUUCUAGAUGUAACUUUCGAUUGGAGAUACUUAAUGUGAGUCUGGAAGGAGAGUUUACGGUCUAACCAGACACCUAGGUAUUUGUAGUUGUCCACAUAUUCUAAGUCAGACCCGCCGAGAGUAGUGAUUCUAGUCAGGCGGGCGGGUGCAAGCAGCGUUCGAUUGAAGAGCAUGCAUUUAGUUUUACUAGCGUUUAAGAGCAGUUGGAGGCCACGGAAGGAGUGUUGUAUGGCAUUGAAACUCGUUUGGAGGUUUGUUAACACAGUGUCCAAUGAAGGGCCAGAUGUAUACAAAAUGGUUUCGUCUGCGUAGAGUAGAGGUGGAUCUGAGAGUCACCAGCAGCAAGAGCGACAUCAUUGAUAUACACAGAGAAUAGAGUCGGCCCGAGAAUUGAACCCUGUGGCACCCCCAUAGAGACUGCCAGAGGUCCAGACAACAGGCCCUCCGAUUUGACACCAACUUUAUUGGCUGAUCCCUCCUGUUGACCCUGUUGGAGUCAUGUCCAACCUGGUCAUCGGGUGGGAUCAGACAAUCUUGAAGAAGAAAAUGUACUACUUCAAAACGGAGAUAGCCUCAAUGGUGCUGCCCAAGCUGUCACGAACCCUGUAAUGGCACAGAUACAAAGAUGAGUCCUCUAUCUAUGUCUAUGGUCCAGCCAUCCCUGCUGCUUAAAUGCUGCUGCAGAGUCAGGUAGUAGUAAUACAGCGGGAGGCCCGUUAGAACUGUUCUGGAGACAGGUGUAUUUUUAGCUCAUAAUGGUAAAGGUCAUAACAGCGCCAGAUAAAGCUGAUCCUAAACCAGCAAAUGUUGCAGGGCUAGAUUAAAGACUCUGACUCUCCUACGUCUGUCUAUUUUUCUCGGCUACUUUCUCUUUGUCUGAUUGAUUACUUGUCCAUGGAUGGGAUGUAGGCCUAGGUUUAACCCCAUAUCUCCACCUCUUUCUUACUGCUUUCUACUCCAUAUAGGUUAUCUGCCAAUGUCUAUUUCUGUCUGUUUCCCCUCCUCUCUUUCUUUUUUCUGUGCCUUGCUUUGUCCAUAGCAUUUCUACCCAAGGCUACAUCCAUUCUUUUUUUCAUUUGGCUUCCUUCAUUUUCUCCUUCUUGGGAGAAUUUAAAUUGCAUACUCCUCGCGUCCUCUCUCCUCCUUCUCAAAGAACCAUUGGAGGAGAAGGGCAGAGGGGCGGGACCUCUGUCUUUCUCAUCCAAUAGGUUUUGAGAAGGAGGUGAGGAUGUGAGGAGUAUGCAAUUGAGAUUCUCCCUAUGUUUGAUGUCACCUCCCUUUGAACUGACCUGAGUGUGUUCUUCCUGCUCGUGCUCAUUUGCAUGAUUGGAGCACCUGGCCCUGGCAGGAUAUAAGUCACACGCUGCAAUCAUGGCAGCCAGCUACAGGUGAUGGGCAGAUUGGGAACACAGACGAUCAGUGUUAAACCUGACUGCUUGUUCAUUCAACAGAUGUGCCAUUCUCUGCUUUGGGAUUCUUGUUGGCGGGCCUUCAGGCUCCCUCUCUCAGGGCCUAUGUUAGGACAGGCUUACUGGCCUACUCCCUCUGGUCGAGACAUGGGUCACAGACCAAGGCUGGGGUCAGUGCUAAAAGGAGAGUACACUCCAAAAUCAAAAGUUGAUGAGCUCUCUUUGCGCUUGGAAACACCCUCCUCAUGUCAAAUUGGACAACAGCCUGAUUUGAUUGCACUCAAAAAGCCCAAUAGAGGAGGUUUGAAGAGAAAUCGGUUUGAGAUGAGCGCUACAAUGCUCAAGGCCAGAACUAAAGGGUCCAGAGACGUAUAAUUAAAAAAUAAUGUAAUAAGAAUGAGAGUAUGAGGAUUGUUUCAUCAUAAUCACACCCUCUGAGAUGGAGGCACACACAGGAUAUAGGGUGAGAGCGGAGAGCAUCAAGUGUGAGAAAAAUAAAAUGUUGUAGAGUGUGUGUUUGAGGGACAAAGAGACAGACCAAGGAAGGUAAAAUUAUAUGGUAAGAACACAUUGGUCACCACACUUUCCCACACACGCUGUUGUACUGUUCUUCUAGGGCGGGGCCUGAUGUAGAUCUGCCUGUAUCGAUCACUAAUUACAAUACAAGCCUAAUUAGUGUACUGAAGUUGGCUGAUCGAUCACCUAAAAACCUGAUAACAAACACACUGUGUAUCUGUGUGGGGUGUGGGUUCUCUUUUACACGGACUGACUCCUUGUCAUAUAGAUAUGGCUCCUUAAAACACACUAUUUCUCUAUUUUUUUCUCGCACUCUCUCUUUUCCAGGUUUUCUCAGUAUGAGUCGAGAUGGACGGAGGAAGAGGGACAGGGAUGACAACGGUUGGGCUUCCAGGGUGAGUAACUUUCUGUUUCUGUUGCCAUGGAGACCCACGAGCGUGGCAUUAUCUGUUACAUUGUCCAAUUGGCUCACUUUAGCUCAGUGGGAUAAUAUGGUAGUGCAUAGUGAAUUGUGCAAACAACCUAGGUUGAUACCUGUGUGAUUAUGUGUACUUAUGACUACUGAUGAGAAAGGAGAGGCUAAGAAUAUAAAGUAGGAGAGAGUGUGCUCUGUAUAUGUCAGGCAUGAUAAGGUUUUCAUCCUUAAUUUGGCACUCCAUUGACUUUGCCUGGAGGCCUGUUGCAUGUGUGACUAUCAGUCUGCAGUGAGUAUUUCAUGGUUUCAUGUUAGAACAAAUUCUAAAAUGUGUGUAGCGGCGGCAGGUAGCCUAGCGGUUAAGAGCGUUGGGCUAGUAACCGACCAGGUGAAAAAUCUGUCUGUGCCCUUGAGCAAGGCACUUAACCAUAAUUGCUCCUGUAAGUCGCUCUAGAUAAGUGUCUGCUAAAUGACUUAAAUGUAAAAUGUGUGUGUGUAGGGUGGCUACAUGGCUGCUAAGGUGUCCAAGCUGGAUGAGCAGUUUAAGAUGGACGCCCCCAGAGAGAAACAGAAAGAUGGAGCCUGCUCUAGCAUCUUCACUGGGGUGGCCAUCUAUGUCAACGGGUACACAGGUGAGACACAUGGGCAUUAAGGCGUCAGCAUGGUCUGGCUAGGCCAACCGAACGAGUGUGCUCGCAUACUCCCUUAAAAUACCUUCGCUUGAAAAAUGAGAAAAAGUGGCAAUAGUACUGUUUAUCCAUCUAGAGACGCUGUAGCCAGCAUACACUUCCUCAAAAUAGUCCGAAUUAAUCUAAGAUAACUCAAGAAAUCGGUCAUUAAUUUUGACGUUUUAAUCGCGCAAUUUUACAUCUAACUAAGCUGUUUGGUGCAGUAUUUCAGAAGUUGAAAAAUGUGCAUGAAAACGAGUCCUGUCUCGUUGAAUGACAACAAACACUUAAUUGAAGAAUCCCUACUGUUGACCAAUCACCGUCGAAGGGGGCGUAGACUUCGGCUACCGACUUCAGCUUGCCUCGAGAUAAUUUGUGUGCAUGAACAGCCGGAAAAAACCUUGCCGAAGAUCAAAACAAAGAAAAAUGUCACAAAAUGUCGUCAUAAUAUACGUAUACUCAAACUGUUCCUAACUGUUUCGGAUGGGAAGCAUGCGGACGCCUUUACACCAUACCCACCCUUCUCCAAUUGAUUCUAUCCUUAUCCCUCCUAUGGAUACUAAAUACAGUCCUUAAUGCUUUAAUGGAGGUAGUAACCCAUUUAUACUUUCUAAGCAAUUUUACUUUGAUUGCAAUUAUUUCUCUAGAGAGACUGUGUGGGUGUGUAACUGCGAUGUAUGGACUGUGUGGGUGUGUAACUGCGAUUUAUGGACUGUGUGGGUGUGUAACUGCGAUGUAUGGACUGUGUGGGUGUGUAACUGCGAUGUAUGGACUGUGUGGGUGUGUAACUGCGAUGUAUGGACUGUGUGGGUGUGUAACUGCGAUGUAUGGACUGUGUGGGUGUGUAACUGCGAUGUAUGGACUGUGUGGGUGUGUAACUGCGAUGUAUGGACUGUGUGGGUGUGUAACUGCGAUGUAUGGACUGUGUGUGUGUAACUGCGAUGUAUGGACUGUGUGUGUGUGUAACUGCGAUGUAUGGACUGUGUGUGUGUGUAACUGCGAUGUAUGGACUGUGUGGGUGUGUAACUGCGAUGUAUGGACUGUGUGGGUGUGUAACUGCGAUGUAUGGACUGUGUGGGUGUGUAACUGCGAUGUAUGGACUGUGUGGGUGUGUAACUGCGAUGUAUGGACUGUGUGGGUGUGUAACUGCGAUGUAUGGACUGUGUGGGUGUGUAACUGCGAUGUAUGGACUGUGUGGGUGUGUAACUGCGAUGUAUGGACUGUGUGUGCAUGUGGACUGUACAAUAGACUGGCUCCAGUUGUUAGAUAAGCCAUAGAAGGCUUUUUUGGGAUUGCUGUGCGGUCGACACGUUCUACCUCUUUAAUUCUGUUUUCCCACACUGCCUUCCCCUCUCUCCUUUUAUCCCAAUCUCCAUCUUUCAUUCUUUUCUCUUUCCCCCUCUUAUCUCCACUUUUCAAUUUUUACCCCAUUUCUUCUCAAAUUCCCCUUUCCACCUUUCACUCUUUCCCUUAAUUUUCUCCUCAUUUCGCUUUUGUACCCUUUGUCUUUCCUCCUCUUCCAUCUUCUCGUUUUCUUUUCACCUAGAGGAAAUAUAAAUUGGAUAUGUAAAUGAUUUCUAAGAAUAUCACAGGGAGUACAUGGAAAUAACCUCUCACUCUCAUAUUUAUAUAUACAGUGCCAUCGGAAAGUAUUCAGACCCCUUGACUUUUCCACAUUUUGUUAAAUUACAGCCUUAUUCUAAAAUUGAUUUUUUAAAUAAAAUUCCCUCUGCAAUCUACACACUACCCCAUAAUGACAAAGCAAAACAGGUUUUUAGAAAAUGUUGCACAUUUAUUAAAAAUAAAAAACGGAAAUACCUUAUUUACAUAAGUAUUCAGACCCUUUGCUAUGAGACUCGAAAUUGAGCUCCGGUGCAUCCUGUUCCCAUUGAUCAUCCUUGAGAUGUUUCUACAACUUGAUUGGAGUCCACCUGUGGUAAAUUCAAUUGAUAAGGACAUGAUUUGGAAAGGCACACACCUGUCUAUAUAAGGUCCCACAGUUGACAGUGCAUGUCAGAGCAAAAACCAAGCCAUGGGGUUGAAGGAAUUGUCCGUAGAGCUCCGAAACAGGAUUGUGUCGAGGCACAGAUCUGGGGAAGGGUACCAACAAAUAUCUGCAGCAUUGAAGGUCCCCAAGAACACAGUGGCCUCCAUCAUUCUUAAAUGGAAGCAGUUUGGGACCAAUAAGACUCUUCCUAGAACCUGCCACCCGGCCAAACUGAGCAAUCGGGGGAGAAGGGCCUUGGUCAGGGAGGUGACCAAGAACCUGAUGGUCACUCUGCUCUGACAGAGCUCUAGAGUUCCUCUGUGCAGAUGGGAGAAACUUCCAGAAGGACAACUAUCUCUGCAGCACUCCACCAAUCAGGCCUUUAUGGUAGAGUGGCCAGAUAGAAGCCACUCCUCAGUAAAAGGAACAUGACAGCCCGCUUGGAGUUGCCAAAAGGCACCUAAAGGACUCUGACCAUGAGAAACAAGAUUCUCAGGUCUGAUGAAACAAAGAUUGUCCUGAAUGCCUGAAUGCCAAGCGUCACAUCUGGAGGAAACCUGGCACCAUCUCUACGGUGAAGCAUGAUGGUGGCAGCAUCAUGAGGUGGGGAUGUUUUUCAGCGGCAGGGACUGGGAGACUAGUCAGGAUCGAGGCAAAGAUGAACGGAGCAAAGUACAGAGAGAUCCUUGAUGAAAACCUGCUCCAGAGCGCUCAGGACCUCAGACUGGGGCGAAGGUUCACCUUCCAACAGGACAACUACCCUAAGCACACAGCCAAGACAAUGCAGGAGUGGCUUUGGGACAAGUCUCUGAAUGUCCUUGAGUGGCCCAGCCAGAGCCCGGACUUGAACCCGAUCUAACAUCUCUGGAGAGACCUGAAAAUAGCUGUGCCGAAACGCUCCCCAUCUAACCUGACAGAGCUUGAGAGGAUCUGCAGAAAAUAAUGGGAGAAACUCCCCAAAUACAGGUGUUCCAAGCUUGUAGCGUCAUACCCAAGAAGACUGGAGGCUGUAAUCACUGCCAAAGGUGCUUCAACAAAGUACUGAGUAAAGGGUCUGAAUACUUAUGUAAAUGUCAUAUUUCAGUUAAUAAUUUUUUAUAAAUUAGCAAAAAUUGCAUAUAUAUACACACACACACACAGUUGAAGUCGAAAGUUUACAUACACUUAGGUUGGAGUCAUUAAAACUCAUUUUUCAACCACUUCACAAAUUUCUUGGUAUCAAAUUAUAGUUUUGGCAGGUCGGUUAGGACAUCUACUUUGUGCAUGACACAAGUAAUUUUUCCAACAAUUGUUUACAGACAGAUUAUUUAACUUAUAAUUCACUGUAUCACAAUUCCAGUGGGUCAGAAGUUGACAUACACUAAGUUGACUGUGCCUUUAAACAGCUUGGAAAAUUCCAGAAAAAUGUCAUGGCUUUAGAAGCUUCUCAUAGGCUAAUUGACAUCAUUUGAGUCAAUUGGAGGUGUACCUGUGGAUGUAUUUCAAGGCCUACAUUCAAACUCAGUGCCUCUUUGCUUGACAUCAUGGGAAAAUCAAAAGAAAUCAGCCAAGACCUCAGAAAAAAGAAUUGUAGACCUCCACAAGUCUGGUUCAUCCUGGGGAGCAAUUUCCAAACGCCUGAAGGUACCACGUUCAUCUGUACAAACAAUAGUACGCAAGCAUAAACACCAUGGGACCACGCAGCCGUCAUACCGCUCAGGAAGGAGACGCGUUCUGUCUCCUAGAGAUGAACGUACUUUGGUGUGAAAAGUGCAAAUCAAUCCCAGAACAACAGCAAAGGACCUUGUGAAGAUGCUGGAGGAAACCGGUACAAAAGUAUCUAUAUCCACAGUAAAACGAGUCCUAUAUCGACAUAACCUGAAAGGCCGCUCAGCAAGGAAGAAGCCACUGCUCCAAAACCGCCAUAAAAAAGCCAGACUACGGUUUGCAACUGCACAUGGGGACAAAGAUCGUACUUUUUGGAGAAAUGUCCUCUGGUCUGAUGAAACAAAAAUAGAACUGUUUGGCCAUAAUGACCAUCGUUAUGUUUGGAGGAAAAAGGGGGACCUGCAAGCCGAAGAACACCAUCCCAACCGUGAAGCACGGGGGUGGCAGCAUCAUGCUGUGGGGUGCUUUGUUGCAGGAGGGACUGGUGCACUUCACAAAAUAGAUGGCACCAUGAGGAAGGAAAAGUAUGUGGAUAUGUUGAAGCAACAUCUCAAGACAUCAGUCAGGAAGUUAAAGCUUGGUCGCAAAUGGGUCUUCCAAAUGGACAAUGACCCCAAGCAUCCUUCCAAAGUUGUAGCAAAAUGGCUUAAGGACAACAAAGUCAAGGUAUUGGAGUGGCCAUCACAAAGCCCUGAUCUCAAUCCUAUAGAAAAUAUAGAGGGCAGAACUGAAAAAGCAUUUUCGAGCAAGGAGGCCUACAAACCUGACUCCGUUACACUAGCUCUGAAUGGGCCAAAAUCCACCCAACUUAUUGUGGGAAGCUUGUGGAAGGCAAACCGAAACGUUUGACCCAAGUUAAACAAUUUAAAGGCAAUGCUACCAAAUACUAAUUGAGUGUAUGUAAACUUCUGACCCACUGGGAAUGUGAUGAAAGAAAUAAAAGCUGAAAUAAAUCAUUCUCUCUACUAUUAUUCUGACAUUUCAAAUUUUUUAAAUAAAGUGGUGAUCCUAACUGACCUAAAACAGGGAAUUUCUACUAGGAUUAAAUGUCAGGAAUUGUGAGUUUAAAUGUAUUUGGCUAAGGUGUAUGUAAACUUCCGACUUCAACUGUAUGUGUAUACAGUGGGGAGAACAAGUAUUUGAUACACUGCCGAUUUUGCAGGUUUUCCUACUUACAAAGCAUGUAGAGGUCUGUAAUUUUUAUCAUAGGUACACUUCAACUGUGAGAGACGGAAUCUAAAACAAAAAUCCAGAAAAUCACAUUGUAUGAUUUUUAAGUAAUUAAUUUGCAUUUUAUUGCAUGACAUAAGUAUUUGAUACAUCAGAAAAGCAGAACUUAAUAUUUGGUACAGAAACCUUUGUUUGCAAUUACAGAGAUCAUACGUUUCCUGACCAGGUUUGCACACACUGCAGCAGGGAUUUUGGCCCACUCCUCCAUACAGACCUUCUCCAGAUCCUUCAGGUUUCGGGGCUCGCUGGGCAAUACAGACUUUCAGCUCCCUGCAAAGAUUUUCUAUUGGGUUCAGGUCUGGAGACUGGCUAGGGCACUCCAGGACCUUGAGAUGCUUCUUACGGAGCCACUCCUUAAUUGCCCUGGCUGUGUGUUUCGGGUCGUUGUCAUGCUGGAAGACCCAGCCACGACCCAUCUUCAAUGCUCUUACUGAGGGAAGGAGGUUGUUGGCCAAGAUCUCGCGAUACAUGGCCCAAUCCAUCCUCCCCUCAAUAUGGUGCAGUUGUCCUGUCCCCUUUGCAGAAAAGCAUCCCCAAAGAAUGAUGUUUCCACCUCCAUGUUUCACGGUUGGGAUGGUGUUCUUGGGGUUGUACUCAUCCUUCUUCUUCCUCCAAACACGGCGAGUGGAGUUUAGACCAAAAAGCUCUAUUUUUGUCUCAUCAGACCACAUUACCUUCUCCCAUUCCUCCUCUGGAUCAUCCAGAUUGUCAUUGGCAAACUUCAGAUGGGCCUGGACAUGCGCUGGCUUGAGCAGGGGGACCUUGCGUGCGCUGCAGGAUUUUAAUCCAUGACAGCGUAGUGUGUUACUAAUGGUUUUAUUUGAGACUGUGGUCCCAGCUCUCUUCAGGUCAUUGACCAGGUCCUGCCGUGUAGUUCUGGGCUGAUCCCUCACCUUCCUCAUGAUCAUUGAUGCCCCACGAGGUGAGAUCUUGCAUGGAGCCCCAGACCGAGGGUGAUUGACCGUCAUCUUGAACUUCUUCCAUUUUCUAAUAAUUGCGCCAACAGUUGUUGCCUUCUCACCAAGCUGCUUGCCUAUUGUCCUGUAGCCCAUCCCAGCCUUGUGCAGGUCUACAAUUUUAUCCCUGAUGUCCUUACACAGCUCUCUGGUCUUGGCCAUUGUGGAGAGGUUGGAGUCUGUUUGAUUGAGUGUGUGGACAGGUGUCUUUUAUACAGGUAACGAGUUCAAACAGGUGCAGUUAAUACAGGUAAUGAGUGGAGAACAGGAGGGCUUCUUAAAGAAAAACUAACAGGUCUGUGAGAGCCGGAAUUCUUACUGGUUGGUAGGUGAUCAAAUACUUAUGUCAUGCAAUAAAAUUCAAAUUAAUUACUUAAAAAUCAUACAAUGUGAUUUUCUGGAUUUUUGUUUUAGAUUCCGUCUCUCACAGUUGAAGUGUACCUAUGAUAAAAAUUACAGACCUCUACAUGCUUUGUAAGUAGGAAAACCUGCAAAAUCGGCAGUGUAUCAAAUACUUGUUCUCCCCACUGUAUAUGUGUGUGUGUAUGCUUUACUGCUCUUUAAUGUCUGCCCCUGUUCUUCCUCUCUGGCUUUUGACCCUGCCUGUGUGAGUGCGCAUAGGGGGGCCAGUAUGUAAAAAGAAAAAAUAAUAAUAAUGUAUGCACUCACUAACUGUAAGUCGCUCUGGAUAAGAGCGUCUGCUAAAAAUAAAAAUGUAAAGAGUAGAAUGUGGAUAUCAGCGCUAGUUCCAUUCAAUUCAUUAUAUUUCUAUACCUAGACCCCACUGCGGACGAGCUGCGCAGGCUGAUGAUGCUGCAUGGGGGUCAGUUUCACAUGUACUACUCCCGUUCCAAGACCACCCACAUAAUCGCCACCAACCUGCCCAAUAGCAAGAUACAGGAGCUGAGGGACAAGAAGGUGAUCCGGCCGGAGUGGAUCACUGACAGGUGGGUGUUGUGUUUGUGUGUUGUGUAAUUUAAUCUACAUAUAGUGUUUGAACAUUCCUUUUUCCCUGCCUUCAGUAUCAAGGCUGGCCAUCUCCUGUCCUACCUGCAGUACCAGCUCUAUGCCAAGCAGAAAGGCCUGAGCUUCCCCAGUGUGUGUGUUCGCCAGGGCCAAGAGGCUGCAGGAACCAGCAGCGGGGAAACCCAACCCAGCCAAGGCCUCCCCGUACCCAGCCUCAAUAACCUCAUACCUGGCCACAACAACCCAGCCCCCAGCCUUGGGAAGCCCAGCCAUAGUCAUCUACACACAGACAAUCUCCUCCCCCAGCAUAAUCCGCUAGCUGGCCACCUCAACCCCCAGCCCAGCCACUCGCUCCCCCUCCCCAGUCACCUCUACCCUCAGUCCAGACACCUUAGCCCAGGACGCGGCUUCCUCAGCCCCUUCUCCUCCAAUCACCUCUACUCUGACCCAGGACACAUCCCCCACCACCCACCCAGCCAAGGGCAGCCCAAGCAAGGCUGCAUCCGGCCUCUUGCUCCAGCCGACACCCACCCGCAGACCCCCGAUCCCAUCCCAGCUCACCCCAGCGAUGAGCACUCUAAACCUGGGCACGCACAACCUCAGUCCAGCCCCUCCUUCUCCAACCACCUCCAGCACAGCUACCGGGAUCUGGACUUCAGACUGUGAGUGUGUUUGUGUUUUGUCUAUGUGUGUAUUGAUACAGUGCCUUCGGAAAGUAUUCAGACCCCUUGACCUUUUCCACAUUUUGUUAGGUUACAUCCUUAUUCUAAAAUUGAUUAACUUGUUUUUUUCCUCAUCAAUCUAGACAGAAUACCCUAUAAUGACAAAGCAAUAACUGGUUUUUAGAAAUAUACCAUUUACAUAAAUAUUCAGACCCUUUACUCAAUACUUAGUUGAAGCACCUUUGGCAGCGAUUACAGCCUCAAGUCUUCUUCGGUAUUACACUACAAGCUUGGCACACCUGUAUUUGGGGAGUGUCUUGGCUGUGUGCUUAGGGUAGUUGUCCUGUUGGAAGGUGAACCUUUGCCCCAGUCUGAGGUCCUGAGCGCUCUGGAGCAGGUUUUCAUCAAGGAUCUCUUUGUACUUUGCUCCGUUCAUCUUUCCCUCGAUCCUGACUAGUUUCCCAGCCCCUGCCACUGAAGAACAUCCCCACAGCAUGAUGCUGCCACCAUCAUGCUUCACCGUAGGGAUGGUGCCAGGUUUCCUCCAGACGUGACGCUUGGCAUUAAGGCCAAAGAGUUCAAUAUUGGUUUCAUCAUGGUCUGAAAGUCCUGCAAAACCUUUUGGCAACUCCAAGCGGGCUGUCAUGUGCCUUUUUACUGAGGAGUGGCAUCCGUCUGGCCACUCUACCAUAAAGGCCUAAUUGGUGGAGUGCAGCAGAGAUGGUUGUUCUUCUGGAAGGUUCUCCCAUCUCCACAGAGGAACCCUAGAGCUCUGUCAGAUUGACCAUCGGGUUCUUGGUCACCUCCCUGACCAAUGCCCUUCUCCUCUGAUUGCUCAGUUUGACCGGGCGGCCAGCUCUAGGAAGAGUCUUGGUGGUUCCAAACUUCUUCCGUUAAAGAAUUAUGGAGGCCACUGUGUUGUUGGGGACCUUCAAUACUGCAGAAAUUUUUUGGUACCCUUCCCCAGAUCUGUGCCUCUACACAAUCCUGUCUCGUAGCUAUACGGACAAUUCCUUUACAUUUACGUCAUUUAGCAGACGCUCUUAUCCAGAGCGACUUACAGGAGCAAUUAGGGUUAAGUGCCUUGCUCAAGGGCACAUCAACAGAUUUUUCACCUAGUUGGCUCGGGGAUUAUAACAAGCGACCUUUUGGUUACUGGCACAACGCUCAUAACCACUAAGAGAAACCUCAUGGCUUGAUUUCUGCUCUGACAUGCACUGUCAACUGUGGGACCUUAUAUAGACAGGUGUGUGCCUUUCCAAAUCAUGUCCAAUCAAUUGAAUUUAACAUAGGUGGACUCCAAUCAAGUUGUAGCAACAUCUCAAGGAUGAUCAAUGGAAACAGGAUGCCCCUGAGCUCAAUGUCGAGUCUCAUAGCAAAGGGCCUGGAUCCUAAUGUAAAUAAGCUAUUUUUAUUUUUUAUUUUAUUUUUAUAAAUUUGCAAAAAUCUCAUCUGUUUUCGCUUUGUCACUAUGGGGUAUUGUGUGUAAAUUGAGGGGGGAAAAGUAUUUAAUCAAUUUUAUAAAUAAGGCUGUAACGCAACAAAAUGUGGAAAAAGUCUGAAUACUUUCCGAAUACACUGUAUAUGUAUAUUGGUGCUGGCAUAAUAACAUACAAAAGUAGGGUGCACAUAAAGAACAUUGGUUUCACGUUGUGAUUCUAAAUUCCCACGUCUCUCUCUGUCCUAAAGGAAUGGAUCAUUACUGACCUCCUAUGACAAGACGAGGACCGCCCAAAUAAACUGGGUGCAAGACGGGGGCAUUGAGGACCCCUGUCCUGUCAGACCCCCAAGAGGGGCGAAGGACCCCCCUCUGACCAACGGUCACACCCACCCUGUGAAUGGUGCCUUAAAGCCUCUGGAUCUCUCCCCCAACCCCAUGCGACCCACCACGGACAGAGCCCUGAACCUUGACAGCAAGUCCACAGGGGUGUCUGUGUCCCUGCAUCCUGCCAGCCCCCUAUCCAACUCCUCUUUGAAAUCUGACCCCCCCAAACUUCUCCACAGCCCCCCCAGAAACCCAACCCCUCCCCUUGUGUCUCACUACAGACACCACGCACAACUGGCCAAUGAACAGAGACCCAAACCCCCGCCGCCCACCUAUCAGGAGGCAACGGCUGCCUCGGCGUCCCGCCCCCUCGAUCUCCCACCUCCGAAGCCCUGUCAAUCAGAUUCCCCUCCUGAGAAACCCCUCCCCCUUGCUAACCCAAACCCCUCCCCUUCUCCUGUCCGUCUGAAUGGCAGUCACCACAAUGCCUUUUCUCCUAACCCCGCCCCUCUGGAAACCAACCACCAAUCAUCACUGGCGAAGACUGGGGGGAUCAUCUCAGAGUACUACUCCCACUCUCGUCUACAUCACAUCUCCACGUGGAGAAGUGAGUUCUCUGAAUAUGUCAACACGCUGCAGAGCACGAGGAGGGCCACAGGCGCCACAUUCCCCGGGACAGACAGGCUCAGAUGCCAGAGGAGAGAGGGUAAGGAGGAGGAGGAGUGUGUUUGGAAGGGAUGGAUUGGAUGGUCUCUAUCUGAUGACAUGUGAAUUCUGAUUACUCAGUCCAGUCAUGUCUCUCUCUCUCAAAUGUCAGUGGAAACAUUCUGCAUGUUGUUAAUGUCAUCAGGGUUUAUGGAAGGGUGAGUCUGAGUGGAAACAUUCUGCAUGUUGUUAAUGUCAUCAGGGUUUAUGGAAGGGUGAGUCUGAGUGGAAACAUUCUGCAUGUUGUUAAUGUCAUCAGGGUUUAUCGAAGGGUGAGUCUGAGUGGAAACAUUCUGCAUGUUGUUAAUGUCAUCAGGGUUUAUGGAAGGGUGAGUCUGAGUGGAAACAUUCUGCAUGUUGUUAAUGUCAUCAGGGUUUAUGGAAGGGUGAGUCUGAGUGGAAACAUUCUGCAUGUUGUUAAUGUCAUCAGGGUUUAUGGAAGGGUGAGUCUGAGUGUGACACAUUUUGCUGACCUUAUUACGUGAGGAGUAGCUGUGUGUACAUGUUAGUGUGUGUUUCUUAUUCUGUGUAUGUUACAAGUCUGUCUGUCUCUCCUGAUUUGUCUGUCUGUGUGUUUGUUGUUCAGGUUCCUCAGCUGCUCCUGGCCCUCAGUCCUGUAUCCUGCAUGUGGACAUGGACUGUUUCUUUGUCUCUGUGGGGAUCAGACACCGGCCAGCCCUCAAAGGUGCGCACACACACACACAGGGCUGUGACGGUCAUGGAAUUUUGGAUGACGGUUAUUGGUCAGCCAAAUGACCACGGUCACCGUAAUAACCAUUAGAAUACCCCCCCCCCCGAAAAAAAAAAAAUAAUAAUAAUAUAUAUAUAUAUAUAUAUAUAUAUAUAUAUAUAUAUAUAUAUAUAUAUAUAUAUAUAUAUACACACACUACCGUUCAAAGUUUGGGGUCACUUAGAAAUGUCCUUGUUAUCGAAAGAAAAGCAAUUUUUUGUCCAUUAAAAUAACAUCAAAUUGAUCAGAAAUACAGUGUAGACAUUGUUAAUAUUGUAAAUGGCUAUUGUAGCUGGAAACGGCUGGUUUUUAAUGGAAUAUCUACAUAGGCAUACAGAGGCCCAUUAUCAGCAUCCAUCAGUCCUGUGUUCCAGUGGCACGUUGUGUUUGCUAAUCCAAGUUUAUCAUUUUAAAAGGCUAAUUGAUCAUUAGUAAACCCUUUUGCAAUUAUAUGUUAGCACAGCUUAAAACUGUUGUGCUGAUUAAAGAAGCAAUAAAACUGGGCUUCUUGAGACUAGUUGAGUAUCUGGAGCAUCAGCAAUUGUGGGUUCGAUUAGAGGCUCAAAAUGGCCAGAAACAAAUAACUUUCUUCUGAAACUCGUCAGUCUAUUCUUGUUCUGAGAAAUGAAGGCUAUUCCAUGCAAGAAAUUGCCAAGAAACUGAAGAUCUCGUACAACACUGUGUACUACUCCCUUCACAGAACAGUGCAAACUGGCUCUAACCAGAAUAGAAAGAGGAGUGGGAGGCCCUGGUGCACAACUGAGCAAGAGGACAAAUACAUUAGUGUCUAGUUUGAGAAACAGGCGCCUCACAGGUCCUCAACUGGCAGCUUCAUUAAAUAGUACCCGCAAAACACCAGUAUCAACGUCAACAGUGAAGAGGCGACUCCGGGAUGCUGACCUUCUAGGCAGAGUUGCAAAGAAAAAGCCAUAUCUCAGACUGCCCAUUUUAAUAUUUUAUUUUUAUUGGCCAGUCUGAGAUAUGGUAUUUUCUUUGCAACUCUGCCUAGAAGGUCAGCAUCCCGGAGUCGCCUCUUCACUGUUGACUCUUCACAGCCUCUCUCAGCCUAUUGCGGACAGUCUGAGCACUGGUGGAGGGAUUGUGCGUUCCUGGUGUAACUUGGGCAGUUGUUGUUGCCAUCCUGUACCUGUCCCACAGGUGUGAUGUUUGGAUGUACCGAUCCUGUGCAGGUGUUGUUACACAUGGUCUGCCACUGCGAGGACGAUCAGCUGUCUGUCCUGUCUCCCUGUAGCGCUGUCUUAGGCGUCUCACGGUACGGACAUUGCAAUUUAUGGCCCUGGCCACAUCUGCAGUCCUCAUGCCUCCUUGCAGCAUGCCUAAGGCACGUUCACGCAGAUGAGCAGGGACCCUGGACAUCUUUCUUUUGGGGGUUUUCAGAGUCCGUAGAAAGGCCUCUUUAGUGUCCAACAUUUUCAUAACUGACCUUAAUUGCCUACCAUCUAAGCUGUUAGUGUCUUAACGACCGUUCCACAGGUGUAUGUUCAUUAAUUGUUUAUGGUUCAUUGAACAAGCAUGGGAAACAGUGUUUAAACCCUUUACAAUUAAGAUCUGUGAAGUUAUUUGGAUUUUUAUGAAUUAUCUUUGAAAGACAAGGUCCUGAAAAAGGGACAUUUAUUUUUUUGUUGAGUUUAUAUACAAUACCAGUCAAAAGUUUGGACACACCUACUCAUUCAAGGGUUUUUCUUUAUUUUUACUAUUUUCUACAUUGUAGAAUAAUAGUGAAGACAUCAACACUAUGAAAUAACACAUAUGUAAUCAUGUAGUAAGCAAAAAAGUGUUAAACAAAUCAAAAUAUAUUUUAUAUUUGAGAUUCAGUUGGUAGAGCAUGGCGUUUGCAACGCCAGGGUUGUGGGUUCGAUUCCCACGGGGGGCCAGUAAGUCGCUCUGGAUAAGAGCGUCUGCUAAAUGACAAAAAUGUAAAAAUGUAAAUGUAAUUAUUCAAAGUAGCCACCCUUUGCCUUGAUGACAACUUUGCACACUCUUGGCAUUCUCUCAACCAGCUUCAUGAGGUAGUCACCUGGAAUGCAUUUCAAUUAACAGGUGUGCCUUCUUAAAAGUUAAUUUGUGGAAUUUAUUUCCUUCUUUAUGCGUUUGAGCUAAUCAGUUGUGUUGUGACAAGGGAGGGGGGUAUACAGAAGAUAGUCCUAUUUGGUAAAAGACCAAGUCCAUAUUAUGGCAAGCACAGCUCAAAUAAGCAAAGAGAAAUAACGGUCCAUCAUUACUUUAAGACAUGAAGGUCAGUCAAUACGGAACAUUUCAAGAACUUUGAAAGUUUCUUCAAGUGCAGUCGCAAAAACCAUCAAGCGCUAUGAUGAAACUGUCUCUCAUGAGGACUGCCACAGGAAUGGAAGACCCAGAGUUACCUCUGCUGCAGAGGAUAAGUUCAUUAGAGUUACCAGCCUCAGAAAUUGCAGCCCAAAUAAAUGCUUCAGAGUUCAAGUAACAGACACAUCUCAACAUCAACUGUUCAGAGGAGACUGUGUGAAUCAGGCCUUCAUGGUCGAAAUGCUGCAAAGAAACCACUACUAAAGGACACCAAUAAGAAGAAGAGACUUGCUUGGGCCAAGAAACGCAAACAAUGGACAUUAGACCGGUGGAAAUGUGUCAUUUGGUCUAGAGUCCAAAUUUGAGAUUUUUGGUUCAAACCGCCGUGUCUUUGUGAGACGCAGUGUGGGUGAACGGAUUAUCUCUGCAUGUCUAUUUCCCACCGUAAAGCAUGGAGGAGGUGUUAUGGUGUGGGGGUGCUUUGCUAGUGACACUGUCUGUGAUUUAUUUAGAAUUCAAGGCACACUUAACCAGCAUGGCUACCACAACAUUCUGCGGUGAUACCCCAUCCCAUCAGGUUUGGGCUUAGUGGGACUAUCAUUUCUUUUUCAACAGGACAAUGACCCAACACACCUACAGGCUGUGUAAGGGCUAUUUUACCAAGAAGGAGAGUGAUGGAGUGCCGCAUCAGAUGACCUGGUCUCCACAAUCCCCCGACCUCCACCCAAUUGACAUGGUUUGGGAUGAGUCGGACCGCAGAGUGAAGGAAAAGCAGCCAACAAGUGCUCAGCAUAUGUGGGAACUCCUUCAAGACUGUUGGAAAAGCAUUCCAGGCCUUAUUCUGAAAUGGAUUAAAUGUUUGUUUUUUCCCUUAUCAAUCUACACACAAUACCCCAUAAUGACAAAGCAAAAACAUGUUUUAUUUUUGUUUUAUAAAUGUAUUAAAAAUGUAAAACUGAAAUAUUACAUUUACAUAAGUAUUCAGACCCUUUACUCAGUACUUUGUUGAAGCACUUUUGGCAGUGAGUACAGCCUCAAAUCUUUUUGCGUAUGACAAGCUUGGCACACCUGUAUUUGGGGAGUUUCUCCCAUUCUUCUCUGAAGAUCCUCUGUCAGGUUGGAUGGGGAGUGUCGCUGCACUGCUAUUUUCAGGUCUCUCCAGAGAUGUUCGAUCGGGUUCAAGUCCGGGCCACUCGAGGACAUUCAGAUAUUUGUCCCGAAGCCACUCCUGCAUUGUCUUGGCUGUGUGCUUAGGGUCGUUGUCCUGUUGGAAGGUGAACCUUCGCCCCCAGUCUGAGGUCCUGAACACUCUGGAGCAGGUUUUCAUCAAGGAUCUCUCUGUACUCUCUCUGAACACGGUCCCGUGUAGCUCAGUUGGUAGAGCAUGGCGCUUGCAACGCCAGGGUUGUGGGUUUUAUUCCCACAGGGGGCCAGUAUGAAACUGUAUGCACUCACUAACUGUAAGUCGCUCUGGAUAAGAGCGUCUGCUAAAUGACUAAAAUGUACAGUGAGGGAAAAAAGUAUUUGAUCCCCUGCUGAUUAUGUACGUUUGCCCACUGACAAAGAAAUGAUCAGUCUAUAAUUUUAUUGGUAGGUUUAUUUGAACAAUGAGAGACAGAAUAACAACAACAAAAUCCAGAAAAACGCAUGUCAAAAAUGUUAUAAAUUGAUUUGCAUUUUAAUGAAGGAAAUAAGUAUUUGACCCCUCUGCAAAACAUGAUUUAGUACUUGGUGUCAAAACCCUUGUUGGCAAUCAGAGGUCCGACGUUUCUUGUAGUUGGCCACCAGGUUUGCACACAUCUCAGGAGGGAUUUUGUCCCACUCCUCUUUGCAGAUCUUCUCCAAGUCAUUAAGGUUUCGAGCCUGACGUUUGGCAACUCGAACCUUCAGCUCCCUCCACAGAUUUUCUAUGGGAUUAAGGUCUGGAGACUGGCUAGGCCACUCCAGGACCUUAAUGUGCUUCUUCUUGAGCCACUCCUUUGUUGCCUUGGCCGUGUGUUUUGGGUCAUUGUCAUGCUGGAAUACCCAUCCACGACCCAUUUUCAAUGCCCUGGCUGAGGGAAGGAGGUUCUCACCCAAGAUUUGAUGGUACAUGGCCCCGUCCAUCGUCCCUUUGAUGCGGUGAAGUUGUACUGUCCCCUUAGCAGAAAAACACCCCCAAAGCAUAAUGUUUCCACCUCCAUGUUUGAUGGUGGGGAUGGUGUUCUUGGGGUCAUAGGCAGCAUUCCUCCUCCUCCAAACACGGCGAGUUGAGUUGAUGCCAAAGAGCUCCAUUUUGGUCUCAUCUGACCACAACACUUUCACCCAGUUCUCCUCUGAAUCAUUCAGAUGUUCAUUGGCAAACUUCAGACGGGCCUGUAAAUGUGCUUUCUUCAGCAGGGGGACCUUGCGGGCGCUGCAGGAUUUCAGUCCUUCACGGCGUAGUGUGUUACCAAUUGUUUUCUUGGUGACUAUGGUCCCAGCUGCCUUGAGAUCAUUGACAAGAUCCUCCCGUGUAGUUCUGGGCUGAUUCCUUACCGUUCUCAUGAUCACUGCAACUCCACGAGGUGAGAUCUUGCAUGGAGCCCCAGGCCAAGGGAGAUUGACAGUGCUUUUGUGUUUCUUCCAUUUGCGAAUAAUCGCACCAACUGUUGUCACCUUCUCACCAAGCUGCUUGGCGAUGGUCUUGUAGCCCAUUAUAGCCUUGUGUAGGUCUACAAUCUUGUCCCUGACAUCCUUGGAGAGCUCUUUGGUCUUGGCCAUGGUGGAGAGUUUGGAAUCUGAUUGAUUGAUUGCUUCUGUGGACAGGUGUCUUUUAUACAGGUAACAAACUGAGAUUAGGAGCACUCCCUUUAAGAGUGUGCUCCUAAUCUCAGCUCGUUACCUGUAUAAAAGACACCUGGGAGCCAGAAAUCUUUCUGAUUGAGAGGGGGUCAAAUACUUAUUUCCCUCAUUAAAAUGCAAAUCAAUUUAUAACAUUUUUGACAUGCGUUUUUCUGGAUUUUUUUUGUUGUUAUUCUGUCUCUCAAUGUUCAAAUAAACCUACCAUUAAAAUUAUAGACUGAUCAUUUCUUUGUCAGUGGGCAAACGUACAAAAUCAGCAGGGGAUCAAAUACUUUUUUCCCUCACUGUAUGUAUAUACUGUAUUCUAUUAUACUGUAUUUUUGUCAAUGCCACUCUGACAUUGCUCGUCCUAAUAUUUAUAUAUUUCUUAAUUCCAUUCUUUUACUUUUAGAUUUGUGUGAAUUGUUAGAUACUACUGCACUGUUGGAGCUAGGAACACAAGCAUUUCGCUACACCCGCAAUAACAUCUGCUAAAUAUGUGUAUGUGACCAAUAUAAUUUGAUUUGUGUAGAUUGAUGAGGGAAUUUGAUUUAUUUAAUACAUUUUAGAAUAAGGCUGUAACGUAACAAAAUGUGGAGAAGGGGUCUGAAUACUUUCCGAAUGCACUGUGUAUACCUAAUAUUGAGUUGCACCGACCCCUUUUGUCCUCAAAACAGCCUCAAUUCAUCGGGGCAUGGACUACAAGGUGUCGAAAGCGUUCCACAGGGAUGCAGGCCCAUGUUGACUCCCAUGCUUCCCACAGUUGUCAAGUUGGCUGGAUAUCCUUUUGGUGGUGGACCAUUCUUGAUACACACGGGAAACUGUUGAGCGUGAAAAACCCAGCAGCGUUGCAGUUCAUGACACACUCAAACCGGUGAGCCUGGCACCUUCUACCACACCCCGUUCAAAGGCACUUGAAUCUUUUUUCUUGCCCAUUCACCAUCUAAAUGGCAGACAUACACAAUCCAUGUCUCAAUUGUCUCGAGGCUUAAAAAUCCUUCUUUAACCUGCCUUCUCCCCUUCAUCUACACUGAUUUGAAGUGGAUUUAACAACUGACAUCAAUAAGGGAUCUUAGCUUUCACCUGGACUCACCUGGUCAAUCUAUGUCAUGGAAAGUUAUUAAUGUUUUGUAUACUCAGUUUAUAUGGUGGUCGGAUCCAGACCGAUCCAAUCCAAGUGAGGGAAGCAGCAGAAAAGCCAAUUUCUAAGCUACUUUAUUAUCCGGAGCUUAGCGAGGGAGAGCGGAAUGGAGCAACUAGCAACAGACAGGAGGGGCCGUGCCGUGUGUGAGUGACACCGGGUUCAGAGGGAGAGAGGGACAGCAGCAACCACGCCAACUCUCGCUAGUUAGACAAACUUCUAGCUUCCAUGUGUUAUUUAUCAUCCCAUUUGAAUACAUAGUACCCGUCUUCUUGACUGCAUCAAACCGAGUAGAGAAGCUAGCUAGUUAGCAAGCAGCUUGAUGGCUAACUAGCUAACAUUACCAUCCUGCAUCCCACUGCUGUCUUUCCUCUGACGCUAAGCAGGGUUAGUCCUGGUUGGUCCCUGGAUGGGAGACCAGGUGCUGCUGGAAGUGGUGUUGGAGGGCCAGUAGGAGGCACUCUUUCCCCUGGUCCCAAAAAAAAUAUCCCAAUGUCCCAGGGCAGUGAUUUGGGACAUUGCCCUGUGUAGGGUGCCGUCUUUUGGAUGGCACUUAACGGGUGACACUUAUCGUAAGAGUAGGGGUGUUAACCCCGGGGUUCUGGCUAAAUUCCCAAUCUGGCCCUCAUACCAUCGUAGCCACCUAAUCAUCCCCAGCUUCCAGUUGGCUCAUUCAUCCCCCUUCCUCUCCCCUGUAACUAUUCCCCAGGUUGUUGCUGUAAAUGAGAAUGUGUUCUCAGUCAACUUACCUGGUAAAAUAAAAAGCUAGCUAGCUAGGCUAAUUGAGGCAACAUGCUUUUUCUCCCCGUCCUAAUUACAAAUAACAACUACUCCGUUCAGAUUAUUAAGUAUCAGCCUAACGUUACCUGUUGGCUCUUACCUGUUGGCUCUUGGUCGCUGUAGCAUAUCCUUCUCAUUUAACUUUUAAUUCCGUCAUUUUAUUUUUUUCAUCUUCCGUUGGUUAGAUAAUCUCCUAACUUGCUUUGCCAUACACUGAGGCGCUUUGGCUCUAUGACUGUAGUGCGGUUUGAUGACUUGUGAUUGGCCAACAACAACAAUAAGUUACACGUGCCACUCGUGAAAAAUAAGCAACAUAAAUGAUAUAAUGUUCUCUGUCUUUCUCUACUGGGUCUGCACGGUUCCUUAUGGGCAAAUCAGUUGUAAUUACACAUACCCGAGACCAUCUUAUCAGAACUGAUUUUUUUUUUCUUCUUAAAACAUUUAUGACUAACUGUCGGUUAUACGGUAAUUGUGCCAGUCCCACACACACACACACACUCUCAUGUAUUUGUAUGCCACAAAUCUAGUCCUAAACUGCCCAGUGCCCACUAACUGCCCACCUCCUCUCCUGCCCCCAGGGAAACCAGUAGCUGUGACCAGUAACUGUGGUCCAGGUAGAGUGGCCCAGAGGGCUGGUGUUGACUGCCAGCUGGAGCUGCAGUACUACCAGAGGAAAUACUCACAUGCAGGUGUCUCAGAGAGGAAGGAUGGGGACCUGGAGGAAAUGACCGCGGCAGAGAGUCACGUCUCCCACGGCAACGGCAUGGACCUGGACACAACUUCCCUCUCUAUGGCUGAGAUUGCCUCCUGUAGCUACGAGGCCAGGUAACUCUCUGUCUCUCCACACUCACACACCAGGGUUAGGCUCAAUUCAGAAUUGAAUUGAGAAUGCCUUCUUGAAUAUAAUUUUAUACGGUGAAAUUCAAAUGCCUCUUCUUUUCUUUUAUUAAGUGUAGUCAAUACAAAUGUACAUAAAACAUAAAGCAUGUCAUUAUAUACAUGCAUAUACAGUGGGGGAAAAAAGUAUUUAGUCAGCCACCAAUUGUGCAAGUUCUCCCACUUAAAAAGAUGAGAGAGGCCUGUAAUUUUCAUCAUAGGUACACGUCAACUAUGACAGACAAAUUGAGGAGAAAAAAUCCAGAAAAUCACAUUGUAGGAUUUUUUAUGAAUUUAUUUGCAAAUUAUGGUGGAAAAUAAGUAUUUGGUCACCUACAAACAAGCAAGAUUUCUGGCUCUCACAGACCUGUAACUUCUUCUUUAAGAGGCUCCUCUGUCCUCCACUCGUUACCUGUAUUAAUGGCACCUGUUUGAACUUGCUAUCAGUAUAAAAGAUACCUGUCCACAACCUCAAACAGUCACACUCCAAACUCCACUAUGGCCAAGACCAAAGAGCUGUCAAAGGACACCAGAAACAAAAUUGUAGACCUGCACCAGGCUGGGAAGACUGAAUCUGCAAUAGGUAAGCAGCUUGGUUUGAAGAAAUCAACUGUGGGAGCAAUUAUUAGGAAAUGGAAGACAUACAAGACCACUGAUAAUCUCCCUCUAUCUGGGGCUCCACGCAAGAUCUCACCCCGUGGGGUCAAAAUGAUCACAAGAACGGUGAGCAAAAAUCCCAGAACCACACGGGGGGACCUAGUGAAUGACCUGCAGAGAGCUGGGACCAAAGUAACAAAGCCUACCAUCAGUAACACACUACGCCGCCAGGGACUCAAAUCCUGCAGUGCCAGACGUGUCCCCCUGCUUAAGCCAGUACAUGUCCAGGCCCGUCUGAAGUUUGUUAGAGUGCAUUUGGAUGAUCCAGAAGAGGAUUGGGAGAAUGUCAGAUUAAACCAAAAUAUAACUUUUUGGUAAAAACUCAACUCGUCGUGUUUGGAGGACAAAGAAUGCUGAGUUGCAUCCAAAGAACACCAUACCUACUGUGAAGCAUGGGGGUGGAAACAUCAUGCUUUGGGGCUGUUUUUCUGCAAAGGGACCAGGACGACUGAUCCGUGUAAAGGAAAGAAUGAAUGGGGUCCAUGUAUCGUGAGAUUUUGAGUGAAAACCUCCUUCCAUCAGCAAGGGCAUUGAAGAUGAAACGUGGCUGGGUCUUUCAGCAUGACAAUGAUCCCAAACACACCGCCCGGGCAACGAAGGAGUGGCUUCGUAAGAAGCAUUUCAAGGUCCUGGAGUGGCCUAGCCAGUCUCCAGAUCUCAACCCCAUAGAAAAUCUUUGGAGGGAGUUGCUCUAGAGGAGAUCUGCAUGGAGGAAUGGGCCAAAAUACCAGCAACAGUGUGUGAAAUCCUUGUGAAGACUUACAGAAAACGUUUGACCUGUGUCAUUGCCAACAAAGGGUAUAUAACAAAGUAUUGAGAAACUUUUGUUAUUGACCAAAUACUUAUUUUCCAUCAUAAUUUGCAAAUAAAUUCAUAAAAAAUCCUACAAUGUGAUUUUCUGGAAUUUUUUUCUUCUCAUUUUGUCUGUCAUAGUUGACGUGUACCUAUGAUGGAAAUUACAGGCCUCUCUCAUCUUUUUAAGUGGGAGAACUUGCACAAUUGGUGGCUGACUAAAAACGUUUUUUCCCCACUGUACAAUAGUGUUGAAACAAUUGAUUUUCAGGACAUACCCUUAAAAUGAAUGAUCAAGGAAAACAAAACCUGUAUGUGAAUGUUCUAAAUUUAUGUUUAAUUAAUUAUUUUAAUUUGGUUAAAUAUGGUGGAAAUACUGCGUUUCCCAGAAUGCAUUAGUUUAAUCCUCAAAUUGACCCUAAGGCCUUCAAAAAGAAGCCAAACAAAUGAAAUGGUUGGUGGAAAUAUAAUUGGCUAUUCUAAGCACUAAGCUUAAAAUAGUAUAUGAACAUUGCUUCCAGAGAAAAGGGAUAUAUUCUUUGGUAUCUGGAAGUUGACUUGCUCUUAGCCUAUCUAAUGUCCUAUGUGCAUUCCUGACGGGGCAGAGGUGCAUUCCAACGAGGCCAGGUUCCAUACACACUCAAACACGCUCUACCCUAUAGUAAUCUGUAGUCUCUUUUUUUUCUGUCUGUCAGGCAGGCAGGUGUGAGGAAUGGGAUGUUUUUUGGCCAGGCCAAACAGCUGUGUCCCUCCCUGCAGUCUGUCCCUUAUGACUUCCAGGCUUACAAGGAAGUGGCACUGGCUAUGUACGAGACCCUCGCCAGGUACGGAUGUAGGGAUUUACAGAUACUCCAUCUCUCUCUUUUUCUCGCUCACCUCCCUCUCCCUUUCAUCUGCUGUUAGUCAUGACCCCCAUGACUAUUCUGAUUCCUUUGUUACUUGUUAGGAUUGUAGCACAAUCUCAUCUGAUAAACAACAAGUUGAUUAAACCCCCCCUCUGUAGUUAUACUCACAACAUCGAGGCUCUGAGUUGUGACGAGGCGUUGGUGGAUGGCUCCGCCCUGCUGGCUGAGUUGGGUGUUACACCUGAAGAGCUGGCCAGUGCCAUCCGGACAGACGUCAGGGAGAGGACAGGGUGCACUGCCUCGGUGGGCAUGGGUGAGUGGUGCCACGCCUUCCUCUGCCACCCCUGGGUAACAUUCUGUAUGCACAACAGGGGAGGAAACGUUUGCAAACGGAGGGGGCAUUAUCUAGGUUGUGUUUAUGCACCAAAUGGCAGAAAACAGACUGAAACAGGGAGGGACUCUUAUCUGGCCUUGUCCAAUAAGAAAUGCUCCUUUUUAUUUUCCACUUCAAAAUGUUUUGCUACAGUGUGCUUGUGCUCUACUGAAUACGACCCUGAACUUCUAGGGGAGCAAGGGGAGUUGACUGCCAUUGUUUAGCAUAUUUUCCCUCCCACUCAGUCACACUUGUGACCUGUCACCUCUGACCUCUCCAGGGUCCAACAUCCUGCUGGCGAGGAUGGCGACCCGGAAGGCCAAGCCGGACGGACAGUACCUCCUGAGGUCAGAGGAAGUAGACGACUUCAUCAGGGACCACACGGUCACUAGCCUGCCAGGUGAGGAUACUACAGCACCACCUGGUGGACACACUGCAACUGAUCAUCUUUCUGGUGGUGCAUUUCAUCAUCUCUACCCAUCCCUCUACCCCUCCACAAUCUCAGGUGUGGGCCGUUCUAUGGGCGGGAAGCUGGCGUCUCUGGGUGUGAGGUCAUGUGGGGACCUGCAGCAGGUGUCUCUACAGCGGCUGCAGAAGGAGUUUGGCCCUCGCACCGGGCAGACCCUCUUCAGGUUCUGUCGAGGUCUGGAUGACCGGCCCGUCCGCAGCGAGAAGGAGAGGAAGUCUGUCUCGGCCGAGAUGAACUACAACAUCCGCUUCACACAGGUCAGGACCAGAUUUGGUUAGAGCUUGUUUGAUCUGGUCCACUCCACACAGGUCAUAACUGGUUUAUACUGGUCAGAACCAAGGCUUAUUCAAGGAGGCAGAAUACUCGGUCAGAAUGGAAUAUCUUCUUGUGUAGAACCGAUGUUCUUCUUUCACUGCUCAAGGUGAGAGGCUUUUCUGUCACUCCAUUCUCUCUCACCAGGUGGACGAGGCGGAGUCGUUCCUGACCAACCUGUCCAUGGAGGUACAGAAGCGUCUUCAGGGGGUGGGGCUUAGGGGUCGCAGGCUGACCCUAAAGGUCAUGGUGCGUAAGGUGGGGGCCCCGGUGGAGCCAUCCAAAUAUGGUGGUCACGGCAUCUGUGACAAUCUGGCCAGGUGAGAGAGCAAUCGACAAGAGUGACACACUGAGGGGACAUAAUUCACUCACCUCUCUCCUUAUCCAUUUCUCUGUCCUUCUUUCCUCUUCUCUCUCCCUCUGUCCUCUCUUUCCUCCUCUCUCAGGUCAGUAACCCUGGCCCAGCCGACAGACAGUGGUCAGCUGAUAGCCAGUGAGGUCAUCAAGCUGUUCCACGCAAUGAGGCUGGAGGUGCAGGACCUGAGGGGGGUGGGCCUUCAGGUGCAGCUCCUUGAGGGGGCCCACUCAGCCCCCCAUGGCCCUAAAACGCGCUCCAUCAGAGACAUGCUUCUGGCGCAGCGGCCACCCACCCAACACAACCACACAGGUGUGUGUUUGUGUGAGAUCUUGUUAGUGAUUACCUAAAGGAGUCAUUCUUCGAGCCAUACAUUAACCUCUGCUCUCUCUCUCUUCAGAUUCGCUACCUAAUGCUCCUGUUGCUGACUCAACCACCAAUCAGGAAAAUAAUUCCUCUGCCAGAGUCCCGCCCCCCUUCUCCACUCUCCGCCCUCCUUCACCUGCUGAUCCAAUCCCAGGGACGAGUAAAGAAGAGCCGCCGCCCCCUACACGCACACCUAACCAUGUUCGGACACGCCUCAACAUCAGCAUCGAGGUCCCCUCUCCUUCACAGGUUCUCCACUCCUAGUUCACCAGUGCAUUGCUCUCAUUGAAAAUCCAUUGGGUUGGCUAUGUUUUUGAUGCAUCAUUUUCGGCAGUUUGAAAGCCGCCCUUACUUGUGUGUGUCCAUGUGUCAGGUGGACCGGUCAGUGUUGGACGCCUUGCCUGCAGAAUUGAGAAAACAGGUGGAGCGCUCCUGGACCCACAGAGACGCAGAGGGAUCCCACAACGGGUCACACCACCGCCCCUCUAGCCCUCACCCCUCUUCCCCUCUUUCUUCCCCCUCGUCUCCCCUUCUACCCUCCUCUCCUCCUCCCCCCGCUGCCCUUCCUGUAGGAACACUGGUGCUUCAGAUCCCCAACCAGCCUGGACAGACCGGCUCCACGGGCAUCAUACUGGAACUGCCUGACUUUUCCCAGGUACACACACAAAAACAUUCUCAUUAAUGCCAAUACCCCCAUUACACACACACACAUACAGUACCAGUACCUAUUCAUUCUAGGGUUUUUCUUUCUUUUUACUAUUUUCUACAUUGUAGAAUAAUAGUGAAGACAUCAAAACUAUGAAAUAACACAUAUGGAAUCAUGUAGUAACCAAAAAAGUGUUAAAAUAUAUUUUUGAUUUGUUUAUAUUUGAGAUUCUUCAAAUAGCCACCCUUUGCCUUGAUGACAGCUUUGCACACUCUUGGCAUUCUCUCAACCAGCUUCAUGAGGUAGUCACCUGGAAUGCAUUUAAUUAACAGGUGUGCCUUCUUAAAAGUUAAUUUGUGGAAUUUCUUUCCUUCUUAAUUGGUGGAAUUUCUUUCCUUCUUAAUGCGUUUGAGCCAAUCAGUUGUGUUGUGACAAGGUAGUAUACAGAAGAUGGCCCUAUUUGGUAAAAGAUCAAGUCCAUAUUAUGGCAAGAACAGCUCAAAUAAGCAAAGAGAAACGACAGUCCAUCAUUACUUUAAGACAUGAAGGUCAGUCAAUACGGAACACUUCAAGAACUUUUAAAGUUUCUUUAAGUGCAGUUGCAAAAACCAUCAAGCGCUAUGAUGAAACUGGCUUUCAUGAGGACCUCCACAGGAAUGGAAGACCCAGAGUUACCUCUGCUGCAGAGUUCAUUAGAGUGUGCAAAGCUGUCAUCUAGAUAGAACUGCCAAAGGGGGCGGAGUUGCAAUCUACUGUAGAGAUAGUCUGCAGAGCUCUAUCAUACUAUCCAGGUCUGUGCCCAAACAGUUUGAGCUUCUACUUCUAAAAAUCCACCUUUCCAGAGAUAAGUAUCUCACUGUUGCAGCUUGCUACAGACCCCCCUCAGCCCCCAGUUGUGCCCUGGACACCAUAUGUGAACUGCUUGCACCCGCCCACCCGACUAGAAUCGCUACUCUCGGCAGGUCUGACUUAGAAUAUGUGGACAACUACAAAUACCUAGGUGUCUGGUUAGACUGUAAACUCUCCUUCCAGACUCACAUUAAGCAUCUCCAAUCCAAAGUUAAAUCUAGAACCGGCUUCCUAUUUCGCAACAAAGCCUCCAUUACUCAUGCUGCUAAACAUGCUCUCGUUAAACUUACUAUCCUACCGAUCCUUGACUUCGGCGAUGUCAUUUACAAAAUAGCUUCCAACACUCUACUCAGCAAAUUGGAUGUAGUCUAUCACAGUGCCAUCCAUUUUGUCACCAAAGCCCCAUAUACUACCCACCAUUGUGACCUGUACGCUCUCGUUGGCUGGCCCUCACUACAUAUUUGUCGCCAAACCCACUGGCUCCAGGUCAUCUAUACAUCUCUUCUAGGCAAAUCCCUGCCUUAUCUUAGCUCAUUAGUCACCAUAGCAGCACCCACCCGUAGUAUGCGUUCCAGCAGGUAUAUCUCACUGGUCAUCCCCAAAGCCAACACCUCCUUUGGCCGCCAUUCCUUCCAGUUCUCUGCUGCAAAUGACUGGAACGAACUGCAAAAAUCUCUGAAGCUGGAGACACUUAUCUCCCUCACUAUCUUUAAGCAUCAGUUGUCAGAGCAGCUUACCGAUCACUGCACCUGUACACAGCCCAUCUGUAAUUAGCCCGCCCAACUACCUCAUCCCCAUAUUGUUAUUUAUUUUGCUCAUUUGCACCCCAGUCUCUCUAUUUGCACAUCUUCUUCUGCACAUCUAUCACUCCAGUGUUAAUACUAAAUUGUAAUUAUUUUGCACUAUGGCCUAUUUAUUGCCUUACCUCCAUAACUUACUACAUUUGCACACACUGUAUAUAGAUUUCCUAUUGUGUUAUUGACUGUACGUUUUGUUUAUUCCAUAUGUAACUCUGUGUUUGUUGUUUUUAUCGCACUGCUUUGCUUUAUCUUGGCCAGGUCGUAGUUGUAAAUGAGAACUUGUUCUCAACUGGCCUACCUGGUUAAAUAAAGGUGAAAUUAAACAAUAAAAAAGGCAAAGGGUGGCUAUUUGAAGUAUCUCAAAUAUAAAAUAUAUUUUAAUUUGUUUAACACUUUUUGGGUUACUACAUAAUUCCAUAUGUGUUAUUUCAUAGUUUUGAUGUCUUCACUAUUAGUCUACAAUGUAAAAAUAAAGAAAAACCCUUGAAUGAGUAGGUGUGUCCAAACUUUUGACUGGUAGUAUAUAUUACAUCUCUCUCUCUGUUUGUAGGUUGACCCGGAGGUGUUUGCAGCGCUCCCCAGAGAGCUCCAGGAGGAACUGCGUUCAGCGUACGGCCGCAGAGAGACCGCCCAGGCCCAGGGGAUCAUGGGUAAGACCAGAGACCAAAGAUGUAGAGCAGAAAACAGUAUAUCCAUCCAAUACACUGGAAAGAACCGUAGACGUUCGACAAAUUAUAGAAUUCAACUCUCUUUGCAUUACCCCCUUAUCUCUCUCCAUCUCUAACUCUCACUCCUUUCCUCACCUCCUUUGUCCCCCCUCCUCUCUCAACCACUCUCUAUCUCUGUAGCAGAGCAGAGGAACCCCCUGUUGCAGCUGAAGCAGGUAGGGGUGGGGGCGGGUCGGGUGAAGAGGCGCUACAAGAAGAAGAACGCCAACUCCAGCCCCGCUAAGAAAGGCCCCUCCCCUCUAAAGAAGCCCCACCCACCAGGAAACAGCCCCGCCAAAGCCCUACAGCACUCGCUCAGACCGAGGGACCUAUCCAGCGGCCUCAAGGUGAGCCUCUAGACACUUAUCCAAGGUCAGUUAAUGUUUUUCUGAAUGGCUUAAUGAUUGGCCCUGAACUGACCCCCAACCAGCUGGAGAUUGGACCUUCCACAUCCUCCCUAAAGCAGGAUGUCCCAGAGACUCUGUCUAAGUUCACCCCUCGCCCCGAACCCACCCUGGCUGGAGCCUGUGAUUUCACGGACAUCCGAACACUCCUCAGAGAAUGGGUCACUACCAUCUCAGGUACAGAAGGGGGAGUGGGUCGGUCAGUACCAUCUCUGGGAAUAAGGGGACAUUUGCUGUCAUACAGUAGUAGUUGUGUUUUUGACUGUUUGUUAAUGAUGUGGUUGUGUGUGAAAAUCCAGGUCUUUGUCCUUUCCCCCCGCCCUCAGAACCCAUGGAGGAGGACAUUCUGCAGGUGGUCAAGUACUGCACUGAUCUGAUCGAGGACAAAGACCUGGAGAAACUUGACCUGGUCAUCAAGUACAUGAAGAGGUACGGUCCACUCAUGGUCUAACUCUCCCCUCUUCUCAGUCUCAGUCAAGGACCACUGGGCCAAGGUUAGUACUUUUCAGUUUUGUCCUCUGUUCCAUUCAUUUAUUUUCACGUAUCCUAUGUGAUUGCAGGUUGAUGCAGCAGUCUGUGGAGUCUGUAUGGAGCAUGGCCUUUGACUUCAUCCUGGACAACGUGCAGGUGGUGGUACAGCAGACCUACGGCAGCACUCUGAAGAUCAUAUAG